AUGCCUAUGAAGGGUGAUGCAAAUGAAUCUCCCUACCGUCGUUGGUGUGUUAGUGUGGCUUUGCAGUCGUUCUGCGGAGAGCCGUGGGCAUUGUCACGUGGUCAAGGAGGUUGUGACCACAGCGACACGGGUGGGGAGCCGGAGCAUACUGAUGCUGCAAGCAGGCAGCAAAAAUUAGAUGCCAUGACACAUAUUGCCGGCGCUCCACUGCAGUUGUGUGAGAAUUGCGCCAAACAACAUGUGAACGACACCGAAAGAGAAGAACACCUUUUGCACUUGUUGGACGUCUUGCGUCAGUACAACUCCAACGAAAAGCUGUUGGAACACACAACGGAUGUUCUGUUUGCAUUGGAAUCGCCCACGCUGACAGGGACCUCUGAACAUGUUGAGAAUGCCCUAAAAGAGGAAUGUGGUGCCCAAAUGCAUUACGAACUACUCACCCCUCUGGACCCUCUUGUGACGACGGUGUUGUCCCCGGCAGUUUCCGUUGUAACAGAUGAAUGUUUGAAUGCCAUGGUGCUUGUAUAUGGUGCCACUCAAGAAAUGAGGCAAUUUGGAGUGAUAGGAACUCCUGAGAAGUGUGGGUUACUCCCACAGGGAAUUUUUAUGGUGAUGAACCGUACUGUGGAACUUCAAGAGCGAGAGCUUAAUGCUAUGUCACACCCUUUAGCGCCUUCAGCAGUAUCAGAAGCGGUAGAAGGCAACAAUAUUACGACUUCCACCAAUGACGAUUUUGGUGUUAUUGGGACGCAUUCUUUCGUCCGUGCCGAGUCUACAUUUAUUGCUUUUGGUGCCACAUGCAUUGUGGAUCUUCUUGAUUUGAGGAACGACCAUGUGGAACUUGUAUUGCACUUGGAAGGCUCUCCGUCAGCGCCACACCAUGACGAGGGUAUAAAAACUUCUCCAGGACUGAGCGGGGACAUGCCAGCUGAUGCCCACGUGUGUCAUGCUCGAACAAUGCCGGCUGAGCACGCCAAUCAUGCCUUGGAGGCACUUGAUAUAGGUCUUGGAAACUUCACACGUGCCACUGAAAUGGGAUUAUUGCAUUCGGACGCAGGAUCAUCACUCCUCUUUUCAUUAACACUCUUCACGGAUGACUGUCGCUCAGCAACCUUCCACUUUCUUUGCCUUGCUGAGGAUGCAACUGUGCAGAAUUGGUUGGCUUCUUCCACGCUGGCACACAGUCAGGCGAUACCCGAUGGGGAAAAGCCUGAAUGGCCAACCAGACAAAACAUGACGUUUCCAGAAGUGCCGGACCACAAUACCGUGACCAUGUUAGUUCCCUCGCUUUCCUUUGGGAAUCUUUUAACCUCGGUGCUUGUCUGCGGUUAUAAUUCUAUUAUAGCUCUUCAACGACUCUCUAGGGAUCUCAAUUUUGCCGUGACAGGGUGUCGCGUGAUGACAAUGCCUCAAUUCACCGAUGUUAAAGGACAGCGUUCCUAUCAGCCAUUACCACCUGAAUGGGAAGAGGGCGUCACGCAAGAUGGGAGGCGUUAUUAUGUCGAAAAAUCAACAAAACGCUCAACAUGGGAUGAUCCGCGUAUCGAGUUGAAAGAACGACGUAAAAAAACUCCAUUGGAUUGUUCUGAUGACCCACAGGAAGAGAUAGGGUUUGCCAUUCCGGCGAUGCGACAGCCGCUUCACAUACCACUUAACAAGGAGGACAAGGCAUUCCUUGAUGAAGAUCUUCGAAAUGCGUGCAGAGGAACGUUACCCAGCACGAAGUCGAAGUCUGAGGAGCCGCCAUACAGAAUCGUAGUUGUCGACACGGGAAAUGAGCAACACGUGUUGCUGGGAUCCACGCCAUUGCGGCAAACGGAUGCGACGCAGAUACCGAGUAUCAUUACUUGCACGGGAGUUGAGACCCAUGUGAUGGGAGAGAUUUCCUCUAGAGCUGACGCGGCUCCCAAAACGUUGUGCGGCGGAGAAUUGGAGGCGGGCGUCAAGGAUGACGGCUCGAUUUUUCCUGCUGACAGCGACGAAGAAGAGGAGGAGGAUAAUAGUAAAAAGGUGAUGGGGGUCGAUGAAGCAGACCGUACGGGUCACGUGGUGUACGAGGUAGAAAAUCUUCAGUUUGAAAUUCCAAACAAACCAUGUGUAGAAAAAGAAGACAUGACAGAGGAGGCCGCAGAGGGAGGAGAAAGUGUCACAGCACCCGAGAGUCAAGCAAAAGUAAAAAACAUUUGUACGCGUUUGGUGCGAGGUGCCGAGGGCAACGCCUCAGUAGGUACUCCCAGGAGCAAUAAAGAUGAUGCUCCGUUAUCUACGUCGGAGGCUACGACUACUUGUGUCCGCAUAACUCCAGAAAUGCAGGAAUUGGAAUCCCUGGUGGAAGAGUUUUUUCAUUUUUAUGUGGCAGCUUGUGAGACAAAGAAACGUGUUGAGCAUCUUGAGCAAGAGAUGGCUCGCAUCCAAAAAGAGUUGGAAAAUAAGAAGGAAAUGGAGGAUGAACUGCGUCGUGAGAGGGAUCAGGUUAAACUGCUUCGUGAACAGCUUGCUGCGGUGCAUGCCACACAAGGUGGAGCACUUAAGCCGCUUGAGCAGAGUGAGACAAGUCUCAUUGAGGUGUGA